AUGGAGAUCAUCGUGCACUCGUCCAGGUCUGUGAAGCCUAACUACGGUGACCGCAGCGACGGUGGCGCUGUCGCCGCCUCCGUUGAAGUCGUCCAUCUCAGUGUGUUUGACAAGAUAAGCUACGACGAGUACAUCACCGGCGUAUGCGCCUUCCACCCGCCAGCGCCGCCCAACCACAUCCUCGAGGCUGGGCUGGCCACGGCGCUGGCCGUGUACCGCGAGUGGGCGGGGCGGCUCGGCAUGGACGGCACCGGCAACCGCGCGAUCGUUCUCAACGACGCCGGAGCACGGUACGUCGAGGCGACGGCCGACGCCGAGCUCAGCAGCAGCGUCGUCCUGGAGCUAACUACGGGUGCCAACCUGCUGAGCCUGUACCCGCCGAGCUGCGACGGCGCCAAGGAGCUGCUUCUCGCGCAGGUGACGCGGUUCCGGUGCGGCUCCAUCAUCGUCGGCGUCAGCGUGCACCACAGGGUCGCCGACGGGCACGCCAUCUGGGCUUUCCUGUUCGCAUGGGGCCAGGCCACUCGCGGCGUCCGCAUCGACGACUCCAUCCCUGUGCAGCAGCGGCACGACCGGUUAUCUCUCUUCGCACCGCGGGAUCCGCCGCAGGUCAAGUUCGACCACCGCGGCAACGAGUUCAAGCCUCACGUCGGAGAUGCGUCGGGGGGCAACGGCGCUGCCCACGCCGGCGACGAGGUGGUGAUACACAGGGUGCACUUCAGCAAGGAGUGGAUCAUGGAGCUGAAGUCGCAGUCGCAAGCGGCUGCAUCGGAGGGUGCUGCCGCGACGGCGAGACCCUACACCACCACCCUGCAGUGUGUGGCGGCACACCUCUGGCGAUGCAUCACAGCGGCGCGUGGGCUCGACGGGAACCAGACCACCAGGAUGCGCAUCGCCGUGAACGGGCGGUCGCGGAUGAAGGAUCCACGGGUGCCCGUCGGGUACACUGGCAACGCCGUGCUCUGGGCGUGGCCGACGACCACGGCACGGGAGCUGGGGCGACAGCACAUACGGGAAACCGUGGAGCUCAUAUCCCGGGAAGUGGCACGGAUCGACGACGCCUACUUCAGGUCGUUCAUCGACUUCGCCGGCUCCGGCGCCGUGGAGAAAGAGCAGCUGGUGCCGACGGCUGAUUCGCUGGAGCUCACGCUGAGCCCGAACGUCGAGGUGGACAGCCUGCUCGGGAUCCCGUUCUACGACAUGGAUUUCGGCGGUGCCCGGCCGGCCCUUGUGAACUACGAUGAAUACAUCUUUUACGUGUACGCUUUCCACCCGCCGGCACCGCCCAACGCCGUCCUUGAGGCGGCGCUCGCCAAAGCGCUGGCCGAGUACCGCGAGUGGGCAGGGCGGCUCGGAGUGGAGGCCAGCGGCAACCCUGCCAUCGUGCUCAACGACGCCGGCGCACGGUUCGUGGAGGCGACGGCCGACGCCGAGUUCGGCGGCAGCACCGUCGCUCUGCUGAGUACGGGGGGCAAGGUGCUGAGCCGCCUCUACCCGAGCUGCGACGGCGUCGAGGAGCUGCUGCUGGUCCAGGUCACGCGGUUCCGGUGCGCAUCCCUCGUCCUCGGCUUCACCAUGCAUCACAAGGUGGCCGACGGGCCUGGCAUGUGGAACUUCAUGGUCGCGUGGGGGCAGGCCACUCGCGGCGUCGCCAUCGACCCUGUCCCGGUGCACGACCGGACGUCGUCUCUCUUCGCGCGACGACGGGAACGGGACUCGCGGGUCAAGUUCGAGCACCGCGGCGCCGAGUUCAAGGUCAAGCCUCGCGGCGAGGGGCCGCCGGCGAGCGACGGUGUCGGUGCCGUCGUCCGUGCCGACGACGAGGUUGUGGUGGUGCACAGGGUGCACUUUAGCCGGGAGUGGAUCACGGAGCUCAAGUCGCGUGCGUCGCAGGGCGCUCCCUCCCGGCAGUAUACCACGUUGCAGUGCGUGGCGGCGCACCUCUGGCGGUGCAUCACGGAGGCGCGUGGGCUCCACGGGCGCGAGGCCACCAGGAUCCGCAUUGCCGUGAACGGCCGCGCGCGGAUGGUCCGGCCCCCGGUGCCGGAGGGAUACACCGGCAGCGUCGUGCUGUGGGCGUGGCCGGCGACCACGGUUCGAGAGCUGCUGGACCGGCCUCUGCGGUACGCCGUGGAGCUCAUCUCCCGGGAAGUUGCCCGGAUUGACGACGCCUACUUCAGGUCGUUCGUUGACUUUGCAGGAUCCGGGGCCGUGGAGAAGGAGCAGCUGGUGCCGACGGCCGACGCGGCCGAGGUCCCGCUGUGCACGGACAUCGACGUCGACUGCCUGCUAGCGAUACCGUUCCACAAGCUGAACUUCGGCUGUGGGCCGCCGUUCUACUUCAGGCCCGGCUACGGUCAUGCGCCGGUUGCCGGCGCCAUUUACGUCUUGAGGUCGUUCCAGGGAGAUGGGAGUGUUGACGCUUACGUGCCUCUGUUUAGACGCACCAUGGACGCCUUCAAAAAGUGCUGCCACUCCUUUCCGAUGACGACGACGACCGGCGCACGGCUUUAA